CUUGAAAGACAUAAGGCUGGAAAAUUUUAUUAAUUUUUAUGGUGAGGAGGGUAUUCAUUAAAUAAUGAUUCAUUUAAUAUUUCUCUGUUACUAAGCAACUGGUAUGAGCCAGUAGCAGCAGGUGUGGUAAGUUGGGGUGCUGUACAAAAAGUCAAUAAUUCACCCUCCUAGGGGUUGUGUUGUAGAGGGUGAAAAUGGAAGCAACAUGAAAAUACAUUUCAAGAGCAGUUAAACAUAAAAUACAGUCAAAAUGAAUUCAAUUUCUCAUAAUUUUUUACUAUACCAAGCCAACUUUAUUCUUGAUAUACAAAAUAUAUUUGGUGAAAACAAUGAUUUCCUUAGAAAAGUUUCGAAGUACAGUGACCCAUCUUAUGCUAUAUCAAUACUAUUUCCAGUAUUUUGUUCUCUUGAUACCAAAGUGGGUUUCUAUGUUCUAUUAGUUUCAUCUGUUACUGAAUGGGCAAAUAUUCUUUUAAAAUGGUUUCUUGCUGAGAAUAGACCCUAUUGGUGGGUCGCUGAGGCGAAGGUACAUGUUCCUCUUCGACAAACUGAUAUUACCUGCGAAACAGGAGCUGGCUCUCCUUCAGGACAUGUGAUGGGUGCUGCUGCUUUGAGUUAUGUAUUUCUACGAUGGUUGACCUGUUGGAUGUCUGAAAUAGUUCCCCCAAAUAAAAAAAGGUUCAGAAAUGCUGUGAGAAUUUUUUUGUGGAUGGUUUAUUUAAUAAUAGUCUGUUUGGUGACUUUAUCACGAGUGAAUAUUGCUGCACAUUUUAUACACCAGUGUCUCUUGGGUGCAAUAAUAGGACUGUUAAUUUCAAUGUUAUUAGUUAAAGAUGCUAAAUGGACACUCUGCAGAAAAUUUUUCUCACUUUCAAAAUGGAAAAUGAUCUUGUUAGCGUUUUUAGGCACAUCAGUAGCUGUUGCAUGUUACUUUCUUCAUCAAGUUUUAGGUCUAGAUCCAGGUUGGAGUAUCAAGCUGGCUUUCAAAUGGUGUGAAAGGCCACAUUUGAUAAGCGUAAAUACUACUCCUUUAUACUCAAUUGUCAGAGACUGUGGGUGUUUUUUUGCAAUGGCUAUUGCUAGUCCUGUUAAGGAAAGGAAGUUCUAUCCCAUAGUUGGAGUAACAGCUACAUCAUUAUUUUUUAUAGGUGCUAAGAUGCUCCGACCUUUGAUGCCAAAUAAUGAUCCUUUUCAGUUUUACUUAUUUCACUUUUUAGAUAACAUUUUUACUCAUUUUUGUUUGUUAGUAGUUGUACCGUUCAUUGCAUCACUUGUUAAAUUCAAAGAAAAGAAACAUUAAUCUAUUAGUCUUGGCAUAAUGUUUAUUCAUCGCAUUUUUAAAAUGAUGUAUGAAAGGCAAUUGUUUAGCUAAAAAACAAUAACAACAUAUACUACUUAUAAAACGUAGUUGUUUUAAUAAAAGUUUUUGUUAAACUUUAGAGGGUAAACAAAUAAUUUAACAG